AUGGUGAAGGAGAGUCUGCCCAGCUGGGUCCGCCAGGACUCUGACGAGGGUCUCGUCCACGUGAACGUCGGCGGUCUAAAGAGGAGCCUCUGUUCCAGCACGCUGAAGAAAUUUCCAGACACCAGACUGGGAAAACUGCUGGCAUGUGACUCAGAGGAAGAUAUACUGCAGGUGUGUGAUGACUAUGACGUCCAGCAGAAGGAGUUUUAUUUUGAUAGGAAUCCCGGCUUGUUUCCUUAUGUCCUCCACUUUUACCAGACCGGCAAACUGCACAUCAUGGACGAGCUGUGUGUCUUCUCCUUCAGUCAGGAGAUCGAGUACUGGGGCAUCAACGAGUUCUUCCUGGACACUUGCUGCAGUUACCGUUACCACGACCGCAAGCUGGAGAGCAGCCGGCAUCGCAGCUGGGACGACGAGAGCGACGUCAGCAGCAUAGACACGUCUGUGGACGAGAUAUCCGACUUAAAAAGAGACAUGCAGCACUUCCAGGAGGUGCGUUAUGGGAACAUCAGGAAGUGUCUGUGGCUGACGCUGGAGAACCCGGGAUACUCCAUCCCCAGCAAGCUCUUCAGCCUGGUCUCCAUCGGGGUGGUGCUCACAUCCAUCGCCAUCAUGUGCAUUAACAGCAUGCCAGAGUAUCAGACGUUUGACAGCGAAGGGAAGCUGAUGGAGGACACGACCAUGCAGGCUCUGGAGGUGUUCUGCACCUGCUGGUUCACCUUCGAGGUGGCGACACGGCUGCUGCUCGCACCAAACAGGAAGAAGUUCUUCCACCACCCUCUGAACAUCAUCGACGUGGUGUCUGUGGCUCCCAUCUACAUCACGCUGGUCUUUGACUUGACCGUGGGGUCCGAGUCUGAACUGGGAGACCUGGGACGACUCAUACAGGUGUUCAGGUUAAUGAGGAUCUUCAGAGUUUUGAAGCUGGCUCGACACUCGACCGGUCUGCGCUCACUGGGAGCGACUCUGCGGCACAGUUACCGUGAGGUCGGCAUCCUGCUGCUGUAUCUGGCUGUCGGAGUGUCCGUCUUCUCUGGUAUCGCUUACACUGCCGAAUACGAGGAGGACGUGGGUCUGGACACCAUCCCGGCCUGCUGGUGGUGGGGGACGGUCAGCAUGACCACGGUGGGCUACGGGGACGUGGUGCCCGUCACGGUGGCCGGGAAGCUGGCGGCCGGCGGCUGCAUUCUGGGCGGCACCCUGGUGGUGGCGCUGCCCAUCACCAUCAUCUUCAACAAGUUCUCGCACUUCUACCGCCGGCAGAAAGCUCUGGAGGCGUCGGUGAGGAACAACAACCGCAGGAAGGCGAGGCUGAGCUGCGAGAAGGAGCCAGGGGAGGACGAGGAGGACGAGGAAGAGGGAUCGGACGGGGACAGCCGGUGUCUGGACGAUGACGAUAUCGACGACAUCGAGGAUGAUAUAGAUUACGAGGACGACGGAGGUGUAAUCAAUUAUAGCUACGUGGAACAUCCGUCAUACACGUCAAUACUGAGGAAGAAGGAGCUGCAUCAGCUGUGA